CUGAAGCGGACAGCUCCCCAUACAGAUAAACAAAACACAAUGGCUUUGUUUUGACUCCCUGUUAAGGACGCUUUGAAACCUUUGUUUCUCUCUUUAACUCUCAAGACUCUGAAGACCUCUAUUUCCCCAGCGGCGCAUCAUCUCUGAACAUUAAGGGACUUCAUUUUAAUCUGAUGACGAGAAAAGCGCUCCCCAAACAGCAGUGAAGUGGCUGUUGUGACACCUGUAGCUGAAUCCGGAUCUCGAUCUCCUAAAAAAGUGAGGUCGGAUUGCUUCACAUCCAUUCAGCAUCCGCCCCGCAGGAGAGUUGCUCCGGCGCUGUCUGAUCUCGAGCGGGGAAGCGCAAAGGUAACCGCCUAAAGCCAUUUACGGACGCAUUAAUAUCUAAGCCGCUCUCUGUGCAUGCUUGCAGACAGACAGGAAGGAGCAUGGAGAGAGACGAAUUGCUCUGACUAGUGCGUUGAUGGGAUUUGUAGAGCUGGGGGUGUGCUCCUGAUGAAACUAAACUAAGGAGAGCGGAUGAAGCACCGUCACUAACAGCUCGCCAUUUCUCUUCAGACUUCUGUUGUUUAUUAUUUCAUAUUUUUGGCGAGUAGAUAGACUGUUAUUUUAAAUCAGUCAUCAUGGGGAAAGAUGAGUGCAAAACAAUGCUGGACGCUUUGAACAAAGUGACCGCUUGCUACAGGCAUUUGGUCAUCGCCCUGGGAAGCACCUCGGACUCGCAGAACCUGCGCGAGGAGCUGAAGAAGACCCGCAAAAAGGCACAAGAGCUGGCCGUGGCCAACAGGACUAAACUGACCUCUCUGCUCAAAGACAAGACCAUCAGCAAAGAUGACCGGGCCGAGUACGAGCGCCUAUGGGUGCUGUUCUCAAGCAGCAUGGAUCUCCUGGAGGUGGACAUGAAACGGUCCCUGGAGAUAGGGCAGGACUUCCCCCUUAAGGUGCCGACGAGGCACCUCAUCCAGACGGGGAUGACCGGCAGCACCACCACCGUGGCGGCCCGGGCCAUGAGCGUGCAGAACAUGAAGUACGAGGCGGACAGCACCAUCGACACGGUGGACCUCAGGGACCUGCAGUCCGAGAUCACCCAGGUUAGCCAGAUGAUGGAGGAGAUGGAGAUGAAGGUGCAGGUGGCGCCGUGGGCCGUCGAGGCGAAGCAGGAGGCAGGUGCGGAGCUCAAGUCCAACAUGAGUGUAGGAAAUUCCUCCGUGGGUGUCAUCUCCAUCUGCGAAGAGGAGCCCAAAGAAGAGGAAGGAGGUGGCAGCAGGGACGCUGGCAUUGCAUCGGUCUGCGCUGUGCUUGUAUUCAUUGUCAUCAUUGCGGUCGCUGGGGUUCUAGGAUAUUUGGUCAUCAAUAUGUCCUGAACUGUCUAACCAACAGCACGAGCACGUCACCAUGGUGGUUACAAGAGCCAGCAGCUCCACAAGAGAGAGAUACCUUUUUUUUGUGGGGCUGAACAAAUGUGGACACCCGAAGUGAUCCAUCUUUCUCGGAUUUGUGAAUGUAUUCGGUGGAGUUGAGGAGUUGCACUAGAUAUUAAAUGUAGAACAAUACAAUGGACGUUGGGCACACUUUUCAGUAUUUUGAGGGGCCAUGGGGUCGUGUAUUUUUGGAAGAGGGAAAAAAAAUUAAAUUACGUGACAGUGUCUGGCCAUCAUGAUGAUGCAAACAACACGUAAUCCAAGUGGAUUAGUGGAAAAGCUCAAGCGUAAAUGUAGCCUAUUGUUAAGUAUUCCCCUUGUUGUCCUGCUGAUUGAUGCUUUCAAUUUAUAAAUUCAAUCCAGCAAAGUCAGACGUGUUCAAACGAGCAGGGGGCAUCUAGCCAGGGAAGGGUCCUGUUGUAUGGAAACUAAUAGAGCCAGUGUUCCAAUUGGAUGUGAUCAAAUCUGCACUGUUCUGCACUCCUGUAAGCACAGUUUUAAUACUUCAUAAAAUCUGUAUAGCAAGGUUUUCGUAGGCCUGCAUCUGACUUCAUUGCAUCAAAUCACAAUGUGCUUCUUGAGAGCCUUGGGGACAAGAGAGAUCUCCAGUCUUUUAAUAAUGCACCCAUUCACUGAAAGCCUGUUCAUGUUCCUUUUUCAGGGUUUUCUUGCAAACAGUGUUGAAUGUAUACAUUGCAACGUGAGAAUAGAGAGUUUGUACACAGCCUACAGACUUCAGUGUCAGAUAAUGUACAUACAUAAGUAUAUUUAUUAUAAUAAAACUU